AUGCCUUCCCCUUCUAUCCCUCACUCAAUCACAAAUCCCAAUUCCCACUCAUCUCCUUCGAAACAUGGACAUGGCCUUUUUCAUUCCCAUUCACAUAACCAUACCCAUGGUCAUCAUAUACCACUAGUGCAAAGGCAUUCGUCCAGCUCCAAUCCGCAAUCUCCCCCUUCACCUUCACCUACCAAGUCACCCAAGAAGAAUCCUGGUUUGACGCUGCGAACGGAUUCGCCUACAAAGCCCAAUGAUUUUAAGCUGCAAAGAGCGAAAAGUAAAGGGAAGGAGAAGGAGAGCAAUGUGAAGAAAGAGAAAGAAAGGCUGAUCAGGGAGAUCGGUAGUGCGACUAUCAGCCUUCGUGCCGGUAUAGUCAACAGUCUGGUGAACGGCGAAGAUGAUGGCGAGGUUCCAGGUUCUUCAAAGCUCCAAAGCGCUCGAUUCAUCAGUUCAACGUCAAAUGGUGAAGACGUCCUUUCUCCGACCCUUAGCCGUACUCGUAAACCUCGUAGUAACUCGUUACACUAUCCCUCGCAGUCAACUAAUCUGGACCGGUCAUUCUACCUUCCCCACUUUUCGACGGAUCAACAGUACUCCCUUAAACCUGCGUCACCGUCCGCUAUACCGUUAGAACUGGGUCUGGGUGGUGACUUCGAUGUAUCAUUCGGGGAUGCUAUCCGUCGUGGUGUAGGAGGGGAGGAAAUGCCGCUCCCAAAAGAAGCACUGAGGGUUUUAUGCGAAGCCAAAGAGAAUCUUGGACUGGGUAGCGGUGUCAAACAGGGCAGAAAAGGAAGUAUGGGUAUGGGAUUGUUCAAAGAGUCUCGCGAAGCAGUUCCGACCAGGAAGAGUAGAGAAAAGCAAAAAGAGAAGGAAAAGGAUUAUGCAGUUGCAGAAGAGGGACAAUUGGAGAUGCCAUCAUCGUCACUGCCUAGGAAAGAUUCAAGGUCAAGGUCGCGAGUAACCACUACAGCUACCAAAGCUACUGCACUGCCAAUAACUGUUGAGGAGAGUAGUUAUCAAAAUCUUCGUCACACAAUAAGUGCGGGAGCCAGUCCGAACUCUAGCAUACCUGGUACACCGGUACCAAUACGAGGACCAUCCCGACAACAAGAGUCGUCGCCCGAGGACGCAUCGGUGGCAGAACCUGAUAUAUCAACGUCAUUCCCAACCGCUUCAUCUUUAUCAAGGCAUCGCUCUCUUGACGUGGACGAUUCGACUUACAACUCCCCUUAUGAAGACGACGGUGAUUCCGGAUGGACCACCACCAGCACAGAAUCAUUGUUGAGCGAAGCAAAUGAUCAAGAAUGGAGUUCCGACGGUCAGGGUGAUGAUACAGAGGGAACAGAUGAUGGUCUGACCGUACCACUGCAGCCAUUCGAUCAUGCUGUAGGAGGUCAUAGCAGCAUUUACAAAUUCACAAGACGAGCUGUGUGUAAGCCACUGGUCAGUCGGGAGAAUCUGUUCUAUGAAGAAGUGGAACGACUUGCUCCAGCUCUACUUGCGUUCAUUCCCAGAUACCUUGGAGUCAUGCUUGUCAAUUAUCGCCGUCAAAUGAAGGCACCCACGGAAGGUUCGAUGACGCCGCUCGACUCCCCUAAGACAGUGGUCGACUCUCCUUCCGGAUCUCACCCCUCAACUCCAGGUCUUGGCAGUCGACCGAUGCUUCAUCCAUCUUCGACCAAUUUAUCCGCAUACUCGUCUCGCAGCGUGCCCGGGAUGGAGGUACCGGAAGUGUCGUUGGAUUUCAACCGUCACGUCGUCCCAGAUUGGCUGUUCAGAAAGGAUGAAAGAGGGAGGACAAGAACUGGUAAGGCAUACGGGACUUCUGACGAAGAUAGUUCCAGGCGGACUUUGAGACCGUCUUCUGCUAGAUCACAAGAGUUUGUCAGAUACGGUUCUCACUCGCCUUCAAACUCGUGGCAAAGCUCCAUCCUAGGUGGAUCUCCCCACCUCAGAGGAAAUCCUCUAUCCGCACCCACUGUAUCUCGACCAAUACAAGAGAGAGAGGAGCAUACGACGCCUGCUCCAUCACCUUCAACCUCUUUCAUGCAACAACAUCUUCAUCAUACUAAUUCAACUCCUACCCUACCCUCAAGGAUUAGCAGAGAGUCUCACUUUUCUUCCUUCAAUCACAGUGAAACCGGGGGGUCUGGCAGCGGAUACAAUUCACCUCAUCCAUUUGGUGGGACGGGUUCAACCACUGUCAAUACGAAGCUCAAGGAUCAUGUUUUCGCUACUAUCCUCAAGAAACUCCGAAAGAAGGGAAUGGGUCUACAUCGACACGACGAUGAGGCGGAUGAAGCGGAUGAUGAGUACGGUGGUAGUAUAAGGUCAGCGGGUAGAAAAUCACGGGGAAGGACGCAACGGAACGCUUUCGAAAGUGAAGGAAGCACGGAUCUUCGUUCAGGCGCUUUACACGAAGGGGAUGAGGGAAUCAGACGCACAAAGAGCGAUAUCAUUCUGACUGAUAGACGAAGUACCAGAGGUCAGAGGGAAGACAGUAUCGAAAGAGGCAUAUUCGACAUGGAAGACGUUCAUGAUAACACCGAAUCGGGUUUAGAGAUGAAAAGGAAACCGAGAGUUUCUCUUGGAAACGGUCUGCAUCGAAUGACUGCAGUUGAAACACCUGAACCUCCACCUUGUUCUCCGUCGACCUCGACAAUGCCUCAAAGUGCUAUAUCACAUCCGUCUAUCCCGCCUUCGCCGUCCGUUCAGGCUGAGGAGAUUGCACGCUCAGAGCUAUUCAUUUUCAUGGAAGACCUUACCGGUCGUCUCAAACACCCUUGCGUAUUAGAUCUCAAGAUGGGUACAAGACAAUAUGGGUACGAUGCUACACCGCUCAAGAAAAGGAGUCAGAGGAAGAAGUGUGAUACGACGACCAGUAGAACGCUAGGUGUGCGGAUGUGUGGUAUGCAGGUAUGGAAUAACGAUGCUCAAUCGUUUGUGUCACGCAACAAAUAUCGAGGACGCGAAAUGAAGACAUCCGACUUUCCAGGAGUCCUACGAUCUUUCCUCUCUGAUGGCGACAACCUGCUCAUCGACCAUAUUCCUGUUAUCGUACAAAAACUUCACAACCUCGCAGCUAUCAUGCUCCAGCUUGAUGGGUUUCGGUUCUACGGGUGCAGUCUCCUGCUCAUUUACGAUGGUGACAAAGAAACUCAAGAUCAUUAUCGACAACAGCUGAGAGGCGAAGAUGGAAUGGAGACCAUAGGGGAAGCAGCGGAAGAUGAAUGGGCGGAGCACCGCCACCGGCCUAUCAAGCGAGCCGAUCAAAAUGUAGAAACCCCACAUAACGAUCGUCGCAGUCGAUCAGCGGAUAUCCACACUUCGCAAUCUCGCAAACCCCAAGGUCACUCUCGCGUCCGAGGAUCACAGCAUUCUCAUCAUCGCAAAAUCCGAGGGGAAGUUAACAUUCGGGUCGUCGACUUUGCACAUACGACUACCGGCCAGGAUUUCGUUCCUUUUCCUCGAGACCACUUUGAUCCGCCCGAUCUGGGAAAAGGGUAUGACACCCAAUUUGACGAAGCGACCGGUCUCACUAUGGCGAGAUUCCCGCCAAAGCAUAGAUAUCAACCUGAUAUGGGCUUCAUUUUCGGAUUGAAAAACGUUUGUGAGACUUUGACGAGUAUAUACGAUUCGUCGAUGGGCCAUAAUGGAAUGGCUAUUAAGGAAAAUCGGGAUGUUUUUGAGCAAGCCUUUGGGAUUCAUGAAGCGGAUUUCAGCACAUAA